GCGGAAACUGGCUUCAGGUGGGCUUUGCGGCGCUCCGUACUCGCGCGGACAAAGGUUGGCCGGGGGCGGUGCUUCAUCUGUGUUCGCAGAUCCACGCAGUUCAGCCUAAACCCAGCCGCGGAGGUGGGCGAGGCGGGGCGGGGCCUUGGCGGAGGCGCCCCGCCCCGCUGCCCACUCUCCGUCGUCCGCUUGAGUUGCGGCAGCGCCGCUCUAGUCAGUCACUCGUGCGCCUCGGUCUCUCGGCUUCACCUUCGCCUCCGCGAGUGUGACUCCACGCGCGGGUGCCGGAAGUGGGCUCGUGCCCUGCGGUUUCUGCUCCAGCGCGGCGACCGUCGCCACGGUGGCGGCCACUGCAUCUCGUCCCACGCCCGCGGUAUCAGCGGACCCUGAGCCCAUGACAGGCCAGGGCCAGUCGGCGUCCGGCUGGUCGGCGUGGAGCAGCACAAUAUUCCGCCACGUCCACUACGAGAAUCUGGUGGCGGGCGUGACAGGCGGGGUCCUUUCCAACCUCGCGCUGCACCCGCUUGACCUCGUGAAGAUCCGCUUCGCCGUGAGUGACGGAUUGGAAUUGAGACCAAAAUAUAAAGGAAUUUUGCAUUGCUUGACCACCAUUUGGAAACUUGAUGGACUACGGGGACUUUACCAAGGAGUAACCCCAAAUGUGUGGGGUGCAGGUUUAUCCUGGGGACUCUACUUUUUUUUUUACAAUGCCAUCAAGUCAUAUAAGACAGAAGACAGAGCUGAACAGUUAGAGGCAACAGAGUAUCUCAUCUCAGCUGCUGAAGCUGGAGCCAUGACCCUCUGCAUCACCAACCCACUAUGGGUAACAAAAACUCGCCUUAUGUUACAGUACGAUGGUGUUGUUAAUGCUUCACAGCGGCAAUAUAAAGGAAUGUUUGAUACACUUGUGAAAAUAUAUAAGUAUGAAGGUGUGCGUGGAUUGUAUAAGGGGUUUGUUCCUGGGCUGUUUGGAACAUCACAUGGUGCCCUUCAGUUUAUGGCAUAUGAAUUAUUGAAGUUGAAAUACAACCAACAUAUCAAUAGAUUACCAGAAGCACAAUUGAGCACAGUGGAGUAUAUAUCGGUUGCAGCACUAUCCAAAAUAUUUGCUGUGGCAGCAACAUACCCUUACCAGGUUAUAAGAGCUCGUCUGCAAGAUCAGCACAUGUUUUACAACGGUGUAUUGGAUGUAAUGACAAAGACAUGGAGGAAAGAAGGCAUCAGUGGAUUUUACAAAGGGAUUGCCCCCAAUUUGAUUCGAGUGACUCCAGCCUGCUGUAUUACCUUUGUGGUAUAUGAAAAUGUCUCUCAUUUUUUACUUGGCCUUAGAAAAGACGACAUAAACUAAGAGAAGAUAAUUCCAGUACAUCUGCCCAAGGCAGCAACAUGCUUCUUUGUAUUUGAGACAUAAAACUCAGAAGAUUACUGCACAGCAACAUGGCUCAUAAUCAAACUUGGUCUAUAAUCAUUAGAAGUCACAGAACAGCUCAGUCUUCACCAUGUUUUUCUGCUUUUGCCUUCCCCAUGGGUAUGGGACUUGGCUACCUCUCCCUGAAAUGGCUGCCAGCAACAUAACAGUAAAAUUGACACCAAGUGGAGAAUUUCACAAAUUUUCUCCAUUUCAUUGUCCAAGUACGAGCUGAUUUGCAGCACUUGCUGGAUGGAUUUGAAGAAUGUGCUGCUUUUUCAUUUGCCUGGAUUGGCUUUAAAAAUCAACCUCUGUGCAAUAGCAAGAAAGUGGCCUCUUAAAAGAUGUCAUUGAUAUUUCAAGAGUAAAUUAAACGUUUAAGAUUUACUGUGAAAGAUAUUCCCCAAGUCCUGACCAUUUUUGAAUUGGGAAAGUUUGGUGGGGAAAAAAAAUCCUCCAUAAGUGUGCUUUAGUUUUAAUUCAGCUGGAAUGCAGUUGAAAUUUGAAAAGUUCAAGAAGUUAUAUACUUCUUUUACUUUGAGAAAUAUCUGACAUGUGUUGUCAUUCCAUCACUACUUUUUUCCCAGAGUCUGGUUUCAUAAUUUAAAAUGUAAUCCUGGAUCCCACUAUUAUUUUUUGGCAUAGAUACUUACUAUCUUUUUUAUUUAUAAAAUCAGAACAAAAUCCAGCAGUAUCAGCCAUUAUUUAGCUUUCCUGACCAUAAAUCAGUAGCUAAUAGAUAAACUUAUGUAGAUACUAGAUGAUUUAGGGUAUAUUUGUUGACAAACUGAAAAUGAAAAGUUUUAACUUUCACUUCAGAUUUCAGAUAUGUGGUUUCAAAUCCCAAAUAACUGAUCAAUCUACUUUGGUUGCUCAAAGUCAGGUUAUAAUACAGAUUACUCUAAAGGCCAUUCUUGAUUUUACUUUUGAGUUAUUGUAAUUGUCUAUAAAUAUAAAGGCCUCUGCCCCAAAAGGAUGCCAGAAUGAUCUUAAUGUCAACAAAUAUACCCUCAAUCGUCUAGUAUCUAUAUAAGGUGACCUAUUAGCUACUCCAGUAAGUAAUUUUUAUUUACAUAUGAAUGCUUUUUUGCACUACCAUCUAUUUGUUGUAAAUAAAACAUUGUGGUUUUCAAAGCCAUAUGUAAAUGGUUCUUGGAAAAGAGGUCUAUUUUUUAUAUUUUAAAAAUGGCUUUGUUUUAAAAAUAAAGAUGAAACAAUCAGUACUUAGUUGUAUUUACUUUGUUAUAUGCAGAGGAAUGCAUUAUAAAUGUGAUAUAUUUUCCUACUUUUGAAUUAAACUAUAAUUCAUAGAAAAUCCUGAUAGUAGUCCCUAUAUGGAAAGACAAGUUGGGUUGGCAUUUGGAAUUUUAGAGGUACUGUCAUUUGAAUGCCUCCUGUGUACCCCUAAAUUAAUAAGGCAUAAUUCCUGUUCUCUAAGGGCAUCCAGACUUGCAGGACGAAUUAGCAUUAAAUAACUACAGUUCUAGGUUAAGAACAUGGAAGAUUUCUACAAACCCAGCAAGAGUUCCGAGAAUUCAUUCCCCUCGAACAGCGGUUACAGCACCCCUUGCUGCUCUGUGCCAUCCGUGUAUGCUGCCGCACAUGAGGACGGAGCAGUAAGUGAGCUGCACAACAUGCCUGCCUUUAGGGAACACUCAUUUUUGUGAGUGACCAAAAUAUGCAUAAUAUAACUUCAGAUAUUAAAUGCUAGAAAUAACUAAGGAAUAGUGGGAAUAGUGUUGCUAUGUCACGUAGGCCAGUUGAGGUCGGGAAAGGUCUCUGAGGAGGUAGUAUCUGAAACGUUGACAUAAGUGAGGAAGCAAGUCACUGUGAUAUGUCAAUGUAUGAAAACGAGUUAAUCUAAGAAAUGGAAACUGUUAUUUGAGUCAAUUUGAGGAUUAAACCCAAGAGGAGCAUAUCAGAAAGCUCUGAGAAGUGAAGUAAAGGCACAGUUUUGGAAGCUUGUUGAGACAGAGCUGUUCCUUAAGUGAUGUAUUAUUGACAGUUUAGACAAUCCAGAUCUAAGAAUCAUCAUGGCCCCUUAUAAGAUCAAGAAGGAAUGUUAUCUUUUAAGGAGCUGUCUUGGUGAUGCUAAGAGAAUGUUUCUCUUUAUGGUUGAGCGGUAUUUCUGCUGAUGAGGAAGCUUGGUGGAUGCGUAAUGCAGAUACUCAGUGCACAGUAGAGGGGACAGAGGCUACCAAAGGGCGGAGAAAAAAUUUGUUUAAAUUUUUCUUGUCUUGCCAUAAAACAGGAAAUUUAAUGAUCAAUGGGGGGAAACUGCAAAGUAAUCUUUCACCAGAAAGUAUUUGGUGAUCAACUGUUUGGUCACUCAAGAUCAGGGUCACUGCUUGGCUGUCCCAGGGUCUAUCAUGCCCCUCCAUGUCAAGUUCUAAUCACCUAAUUCUCUCCUUUCCAGAGACCUGUACUAGCAGGAUGUUUGGCAAGGACUGACAUUCAAUUCUAAGGUGUCCAGUAAGACUUUUAAGCCCACUUUUCUCACAUGUGUGUUGUGUAUAUCCGUGAUUUUAUAGAGAACUGCAGACGUGAUCUAGAAUUUCAAGUCAUUUAGACAUUAUCUUAGUACAAGUAGGUGAUACAGCUUGAAAGGCAGGAAAAUAUCAACUCAUAAGUUCCAGAAACUAAAUUGAUAGUGGUAGCAAUAUCAUUAGCAAAGAUUUUAGCCAAAAUCCUCCUGAAUCAAAUCAUUUUCCUAGUAUUUUCCCUAAGCUUGAAGUAAGAAGAUGAUUCAGAGCAAAAAUUUGACACUUCAUAGGUCAUAAGAUGAGUCAACAAAUAAGACAGUAUCACUUAGUGGUAUUGGUAGUGACUUUAGAUUGCACAGUGCUAGAAUUAAUUUUAAAAUGUUUAGGGACCAUCUUGGAGAAGAGAAAUCCUUCAAGGCAACCUGGGAGUACUAGAUGUAGUUAAUUUUCCAUAAACCCAGCACUUGAAUUGAUAUUUGAAACUUGCAUGUGGUUGAGCCCAAGAAAAACAGUUGGCUCAUUAGCAAAAUUGUGAGCAGUUGUCAGAGUAGUCAAUAUACAGGCCUUCUCUGACAUUUUGGGUUAGCUGUCUACUUCAGAUAUUAUCUUCUCAAACUGGUCUGGUAGUGCUAGUCUAAGUCAAGUGUCAGAAACAGGAGUUGCAGUUCAUUCAGCAGAGACCUGAUAAGGUCCCUUCAAAAGUGGCCAAGGCCUUUGUCUUUUCCAGUAUGCAUAAUCUGCUUGCAGGUCAUGGUGCUUUACUGAUUUCCUCCAAAGUUAGUCUACUGUGAUAAACUUUGGAAACAGAGGGUCUUUUUAAUGACUAAACUUCACAAGGCGUUAUCUGGAAAGUGAGUCUUAGUAAAUACAGACCUCAAUUAACAAAACUAGAAUGCAGUGUUCACUGAAACAAUUUUUUUUUUCUAAAGGUACCCUCACUUCUACCAAAUGUAGCCAAAUUGAAACUUACUUGUUCACAAAAUAAUUGACUACGGAGACUUCUAAAUUGGCUAUGCUGGAACCUUUCAUGAAGACUCAGAUUGAGCUUUAAAAACCUCAAGGUUAGGAAAGCCAUUCCAAAGGUGUGUCAGCAGUAAUAUUUCAGACAAAAAUUAUAACCAUACUUAGUUCACCUAGUCCUAUGUGACUAAUCCUUGACUUUUAUUUUCUGUUAAGUUAUAUGAAGCCUUCCAGUUUUCAUUAGAAUUCUUUCUUACCCAGUUCAGCAGUAUGAUAGAAAUAUUAAUCAGAAAUCUGUACUUGUCAAGAAGUACUUUGUGAAUUUUCUUUAAGGAUGAAACAUUUUUUGCAAAAAGCAAAGUACAAUGGUAACUGUCUAUAAAUGACAAAAGAUUUUAAAAGUCAAGGUUAAACAUGAUUAUAAUGCAAUUGAAAAACUUGGUUACUGCUUUGACAUACGACAACUUAAGAUAAUUACUAAAAUGACCGACAGUCAUUUACUAGGACCUAUCAGAAUUUUAGGAAUUCCAUAUGACUUCUAGAGUAUGUGUAUUAAUGUUAGGUAGGUAGAAUAGGAAAAAGGAAUCCAGAAUGGUGGUGGCUAAAAGACAAAGGGAAAAGCCUGUGAAAAUAAAUGAAGGUCCAAGGGCUGGGGUGAGGACCUUGGGUGAAACAAACAGCCCUCCUGGCUAGCUCAAUUUACAUAGGGCAGGCUCAGGGGGAGGAGAAAAAACAUAAAAAGAGGAGCCAAAAUUUGAGGGGGGCGGAGGGUUGCUUCUCUUCUCUGCAUCUUUUGGAUCGGCCCACCCUCAGGCCUCAAGGAUAUAUUUUGUUUGCCAAGUAAAACAGCUGUAACACUGGUCUGUCCAUCACUUCAAAUUUUUGCUGCGGUGAGACAGAACCAAGAAAAUUACACACUCCCCCGACAUACAUAGUGCUCUGACUCGGAUUUAACCUGGCUGAAACAACCUCAGCUCCGCCCCCACAAGGCAGAGACCAAGCACAGCAGAAGCCCAACUCAAAAGCUCCUGUAGUGGAAGCUGAAUGCGAAGAAAACCCAGCACAGGGGAAGUGACAAGAAGCCCAGCGUGCUGGAAACCAGGACAGCAAAAAACACUCUGCAGAACGCUCACACGGCUCAGUCUUCGAUUCCAAGAGACUUCCGGUUGGGGUAGGAAGUUCUUGCUCCUAUGGCUGGAAAGACAUGUGGCUAACAAAAUCUUAAUUCCUUUACAAUAUCUCAUUCCUUGUUUCCUCGAACCCCCUGUGAGGGUGUCCCCAAGGCUCUACUAUCUGCCAUGCCUUGGUAACUGUUGCCCAAGAGGGUAGGGGUUCUUCUGUCCUUAAUCUUCUUUGUGCCAUGGAUCAGGCCAAUGAAAACUGUGAGCACAGGUCA